CUUAAGCCGAGCCGAGUUAUAAAAGUAUUUCAUUCUCUUUAUAUUUUUCUUUCCCUUCCAAUUUCAAAUUCUUAGCUGAAAUUUCUUUCACUACUUAUCGGAGCUAGGAGAUCGGAGAUCGGAGAGUAGGAAUUCACUCACAACAACAGAUAGGCAUUUAUUUUAUUGGUAAGAUAUAGUGAUGGAUGCAAAAUCUUUGGCAAAGUCGAAAAGAGCUCAUUCUCAGCAGCAUAGUAAGAAACAUCAUCCCAAUCAGAAGUUGAAAUCUCCAUCAACUGAUGCUGUUGGAGCGGCAAACAAACCGUCUCUUAAACAAGUUAGAGAGAAAAACCUUCAGUCUAAGGCUGCAUCUGCACUACCUUCCAAUUGGGAUCGAUACAGUGAAGAGAAUGAUUCUGGUUUAGAAGACAUAUCAAAGAAAAACCCAGAUGUUGUUUUACCAAAAUCCAAAGGCGCAGACUACCGUAACUUAAUUUUUGAGGCAGAGUCUCAAUCUCAAUCGACUCUUUAUUCGGAUUCCUUCCUGUCUGUUGAUGAUGUUCUUGCUGGUGAAUUUAGAGAAGCAGUUGGAUCUUUGCUUUCAGUCAAGGGAGAGGGCAUCUUGGCAUGGUCUGGAGAUGAUAAUUUUGUUGUGGAGGAUAAAUCAAGGAUGCAACCUGAGGCAUCAUUUAUCUCGUUGAAUCUGCACCGUCUUGAUGAACAACUCGCGAAAAUUGACUUGUCGCAGAGACUUUUCAUCGAAGCAGAUCUAUUACCAUCAGAACUGCGUGCAACGGAGAUAUCAGAAGCAAGCAGUUCUCGGGAAAGUGACCAAAUUCCUGCAACCAAUGAUCGUUCAGCACUGAAACAAAUAUCUGAAGAUUUAAUUGAUUCUUUGGCGAAUAUUGCUGAGGUUAAAGCAUCUGCCAGUCUUCACCCGUCUCUGGGAUUUUGUGAUUCAUCAAAACAGAUUGAUGUUGCCAAAUGCAAUCAUCAACGCGAAGUCUCUGAAUUCACAGCACGAAACACUGUAAAUUCCCAGGUAGCAGUGGCAGAGGCAGAGCUCGAUAUGCUUCUUGACUCACUAACUAGCGUAGAGAUUCUCGAUUCAACUCGUUUAAGUUCAGCUCACCCCAUAGAAGAAGCAUCUGCAGCCAAGUUUCAACUUCCGAAAAAGAACCUGGAAGAUGACCUAGAUGACCUACUUAAUCAGACGUCCGGUUUGAUGAACCGAAGCAAUAAUUUAUUUGAAUUUAAGGGAGGAAAGAGUGACAAUUUUAUUCAAUGUAAUGUCUCUCAGUCUCAGGCUGGAACCAAGUCUGAAGCAUUGGAUGACUUUGAUGCUUGGAUGGAUACGAUUUGAUUAUGUUCUAAUUUGAUUUGGUUUUAAUUAACAAAAAUUAUGUUUUAGGAAGUAUGUGUCAUUAUGUAUACAUAUGUUUAUAAUUAAUUUUUGAAAAAUUGUUUCUUCCA